AUGCCUUCUAGAAAUGACACAGAGGUUUGGGAAUUUGUUCUUCUUGGCCUUUCCAGUAACCCAAAAACGCAAGUUAUUAUUUUUCCUAUCUUUUUGGUUGGUUAUAUGGUAAUUUUGAUAGGAAACAUUCUCUUCAUUAUUCUAAUUGUAACAGAUGCCAGUCUUCAUACACCUAUGUAUUUCUUUCUUUUAAACCUCUCUUUUUUGGAUAUCUGUUAUUCGACUUCAACUGUACCAAGGAUGCUAAGAGAUUUUGUUUCAGUAAGGAAGGUAAUCUCUUAUGCGGAAUGUGCAGCACAGAUGUACAUUUCCCUUUCCUUGGGAGAAACGGAGUGUAUUCUGCUAGCUAUAAUGGCAUAUGAUCGUUUCAUAGCUAUAUGUUACCCAUUACACUACACUACUAUUAUAAGUUAUAUGGUCUGCGUCAGAAUAGCUGUUGGUACAUGGAUAUGUGGAUUUAUUCUUUCUAUUUCCCAUGUGACUCUUACACUCAAUGUUAAUCUUUGCGGAAACAAUGAAAUAAAUCAUUUUCUGUGUGAAGUACCCGAAAUCCUCUCUUUGUCAUGUGAAAAUAUUAUCUUAGUCGAAUUCAUUAUCUUUAUGGUUGGUGUUAUUAUUCUUAUGACCCCUGUCACAUUUAUUGUAGGGUCAUAUAUUAAAAUAAUCUUGAGUAUCCUUAAAAUUGCAUCAUCAGCUGGACGGAGAAAAGCCUUUUCCACAUGUGGAUCUCAUAUGAUAGUUGUGACAAUAUUUUAUGGCUCAGCUAUGGCUGCCUACAUGAAACCUAGGUCACGCUCAAUACCAGGAACUGACAAAGUGAUUGCAAUUUUUUAUUUCAUUGUAACUCCAAUGUUAAACCCUAUUAUUUAUACUCUUAGAAAUAACGAUGUUAAGGCAGCACUUCUGAAAUUUAGAAAUAGAUAUUCUUUUUGUUAA